CGCGCCAUUACAACCGCGGGCCGCGCGGUUCUCCCCACGAUCCAACAUCGGGCGCUGGAGCGCGUCCGCGCCGUCAUCACGACGAUCGCCGACCCGCGCGCUCAGUGCGCAAUGAAGUUCAUGAACAUCCACGACUUCGACAUCAGCGAAUAUGGGAAGGAACGCAUCCGGCCGGCAUGGCAGGAAGCAGCGCAGUGGGCCCAGAAGGAUCCCGUGAAACGGACUUUCGCGGCAGCUGGCGGCCUCGACAUGACUGAUGCGCCCGCGGGCCCCUCCUGCGUCCGCAGCCGCGGCAGGCCCAGCGGUCAGACGCAGGGCGCGCUAAUCGGUCUGAGCCGCUUGGACGCUGGCGCGUUGCGUGCGAUCGACAGGAUCUUCGCGCCCCUCUCGUCGUCUUUCGCGGUGGAGACCGAGUGCGACCUCCAGGCGGGGAGCGACGCUGUCUCGAUGGACGCGCAGAAGCUCAGUGACCGCGCAAUCCUCCCCCUGCGGCGGCAGACGCGGAAUGGCGAGCCCAAGCGCGAGCGGAAGAUCCCCGCCUUCACCUUCAGAAGCCACGAGUACAAGAAGAUCUCGGCAAAUUGUCUCGGCGGCUGUCGCAUUGAGUUCAAACCGAUCUACGAGCAGUGGCAGAUCGCCAUGGACAUGACGACGUCAGCUGCGGAGCUC